AUGGCCUUGAGCAGGAAAACAUUUUAUUUUGUUUUUGUUUUGCUCUUCAUUUUGGCUCAGCUUACAUCAGAGGGCCAGGCAGGACUCGAUUAUUCCCAGUCAUUUCCAGGAGGUGAGUUUGCUGUUUGUGAGCCAUGCAGGCUCGGUCGGGGCAAAUGCAGGAAGGUUUGUUUGGAGAAUGAGAAGAUUUCUGGAAAUUGCAAGCUGAACUACUUCUGCUGCCGACACAGGAUCUGA